CUUAAGGCUAUGUUUGCUGCUGUGUCGAGGCACGCGUUUCGCCGACUCUCCGCUGUUGAAUUGUCACCGUGUGCAAGAGUUUUCCAGGCCAUGAAGACUGAGUACAGCUCGUCUUCACUCGGGGUGAAGUUACUGUGUCUUCUGAGCGUCUUUCAAGGUACAGGUGCACAGCAGGCCUCAGUGGAGUCGAUUCUUGUUGCUGAUCUCUUAAAUAAAGCAAUCUACAAGGUCGACGCAACGACGGGAUCAAAGGAAACACUUCCGCUUGGCCCCUUGCCCAAUCCCGUCGCAGUGGACUAUGACGCAACUUCCGGUUAUCUCUACUGGACUGACUCGCAAGCUCAUCAAGUACAGAGAGCUUAUCUGAACGGAACUGGGAUGGAGGUCGUAGCCAGUACAAGCACCAUGGUUCCUGACGGCGUUGCCCUUGACAUACCAGGUGGAAACGUGUACUGGACGGACACGAGCCGUGACGCCAUCUCCGUGGCCAGGAUGGACGGGUGGUUCCCCAGGAACGUCCUGACUACAGGACUGGACCAGCCGAGAGCUAUCGCCCUGGAUCCAGCAAACGGGUACAUGUACUGGACAGACUGGGGGGCCCAGGCUAAGAUAGAGCGGGCUGCUAUGGAUGGGACCGGGAGGACAGCACUGGUCACCACAGGGCUACUAUGGCCAAACGGACUCACUAUAGACCAGUCCGCCCAGCGUCUUUACUGGUGCGAUGCGAGAACCUACAAGAUCGAGAGCUCAGACUUGAACGGCUACGAUCGGCAACAGUUCUACUGGAAUUUUGGGUUCCAUUUCUUCGGCAUUGCUGUGGAUGAUACACACGUUUACUGGACAGCAUGGACCUUUUCCAGUGUAGUUAGGUAA